UUUUUAUUGUAAAUUAUAAGUGAUUAAAUUUUUUUCAGUUAAAUUUGUAAAUUGAUACCAGACAAAAAAUUAAAAUAAUGAUAUAUUUGUGUUCCAAUAUCUUUAUACAAUAAUUAAUAGUUAUAUUUAAUGAGAAUUUGUUAGAUUUUUAUCUUUUUUUUUUUUAAGUAUCAAUAUGAAGACUUACAAACUGACUAUUCAUCAAAAAGCCUUUAGUAGCUCUGAACUUAUAGUAAAUCGUAAAGAUUUUCCAAAUGCUAUUAAAGGAGAUAUUGUAGAAGUGUAUCAUUCAGAUUCAGAACAUAACAAACUUUUACUUCAAAUUAUGGCUUUCAAAGAUGAUCUCCAAAGCAAAGAUACCAUUAGUAUUGAACAAAGCAUUGCUAGUUUGUUUCAACUUAGAGCAUAUAGUGAUGUUACUGUAAAUAUAGUACGGCCAGAAUCUGUUUUACUUGAUACAGUUGAGUUUACAUUUAAGGAUCAGUAUCUUGGUAGAUCAGAAAUGUGGCGCUUAAAAAAUUCAUUAAUGGAUACUUGUGUGUAUAACAAUAAAAAAAUGGAGUUCUGUGGUGGAUAUAUUCGUGUUCAAGUUUAUGAAAUGUGGGUAAAAGGAAAAAUGGUUUCAUGUGGUGUCAUUAAUCAAGAUACAAAGGUUAUUUUUAGAUCUGCAACUAGUAUGGUGUAUGUAUUCCUUCAGAUGAGUUCUGAAAUGUGGGAGUUCAAUUUUUUAGGUGAUACAUACUUUGAAAAAUCUGUAGAUGGAUUUUUAACUGAUUUAUUUGAUAAAUGGAAGAGUUUUGGAAGUAAUCAUGAAGUGACAAUUGUUCUAUUCUCUAGAGUGUUUUAUAAAGCUAAAAAUUUGGAAGAGUUUCCUGAAUCAAUGAGGGAGUGUCUUCAAGUAGAUUACAAGAAUCGUUUUUAUGAAGAUUUCUAUCAGGUUGUUAUUCAGAAUGAAAGAUAUGAAGAUUGGUCUGCUGCAUCAUUAAUGUUGCUUAGGCGUAUUUAUUACACUUACAAAAGUGAUGUACUUAACUAUCAUUUUAAAGUUCUUCAAGAAUCUGGAGUUACUGCUGAUCAAAUACCAGAAGCUUAUUUAUCUCAGGCUCCUCAAGGAAAUUUCCUGGAAGUUUUAAAUAUGGCUUUAAAUGUAUUUGAAAAACAUUACAUUGAAAGAAGUUUAGAUCGUACUGGACAGCUAGCAAUUGUAAUAUCACCGGGAAUGGGUGAAUUUUAUGUUGAUAGACAAUUGACAAAUGUUACUAAGCAAAGAGUAAUGGAUAAUGGAGUUGGUAUAGAUUUGAUUUGUGUAGGUCAAGAACCAUUAUAUGCUGUUCCAUUGUUUCUUUUUCAAAAUCGAGAUGAAUCACUUGGAGAUGACUGCAGCAUUCCUCACUGGAUAAACUUAAGCUUUUAUGGAAGUAAAGAUAUGCCACCUAAGUCUACAUUUGUUCCUCGUAUUAAAGUACCUAGUCAAUUUUCUAACACAAAAUUAAAUCGUCGUAAAAAAGGGUUGAGAGUAGUAUUAUCCACUACAUUACCAGCUUCCAUGCAAAAUGGUUUUACUAAUUGUGCUGAUGAUUAUAUAGCUUAUGAUAAUGAUGUUUUUGAAAAACGUAAAAGAUCUUAUUUCCCAAGAUUUAGAAGUAUUAACAAUAUUAUUCCGUUUUCUUAUAAACAAUCAAAUACAUCUACUAUUGUGAGAAAAAAGAAAUUUAGCACUUGUAGUUUUGAAGUAAGUUCAGAUCGUUCAGUUAUUUCAAGUCGCAGUCUUUCUCCCUUAAAACAAAGGAGCAUUACACCACCACCAAAAAAUCAAUGUGAUUCUUGUAUAUCCCCUUUGAAUAGAAAUAAAAGUUUAAGUAUUGAUGAUGGUUUAAAAAAGUUGGAAAAAUAUGAUGUUCUGGAAGAUGAACAACCUCCAAAAACUAGUUUUAAACCUAAUCGAGUUAGAGGAUUGAUAAAUCCAUUUGAUAAAUCACAAGCACUUUUUAAAUUGACUUCAAAUAGGAGAAGGUGGAGUCAUACAUUUUCUGAAAAAUAUCCAAAAAUACAAAAAGUUCAAGAUGAUAUUGAAUUAGUUGGAAAUGCUGAAAUGGAUAUAGAUGAAACUGUUCAUCAAUUAAAUAAUUUAAAAAAAAAUCUUGAUGUAAAUAUAAAUAUUGAAAAAUUUCUAAAAAAUAGAAUUGAAGAAAAACAAAAUAUAAAAAAUGCCGGUCAAAAAUCAUUAGGUGAAUUUGAUUGGUUAAGUCAAUUUUCUUCGGGUGUUGAUUGGAAAUCAUUAGUAUUUCCAGCUUGUCUCCCAAUUACAACAGAUUAUUUUCCUGACGAUGUCACACUUCAAUCAUACUAUGUAUUUUCCAAUUAUAAUUUACUACCUGAAGAUGUAAAUGCAGAUUUUGCUCAACAAAGAGCUGUUUACCGACAGCCUUUAUCUACUUUAGAAGUAUUUUACCAAAUGGUAUCUCAGCGUUUAGCUCAAGGCUUUCAGUUAGUUGUGAAUAAAUCUGAAAACUCAACAACAGAUCAGUCCAAAAAGAGAAUUAAUAGUAUUGUUAUGAGGUCAACUCUUCCUAUGGCUGAACCUUUCAUUGAAAUGCGUCUUAGUAUAGGCAGAAUUGUUCACAUUUUAACUCUUUGUGGAUCAGAAAUUCGUGUCACCCGAUAUAGACCUAGAUUUCCAUAUGCCUCAUUUGAAAUACAAUAUAGAUAUCGUUUUCAAGCUCCUGAUCAUUCGACUUAUGGAAUAUCAUGGAUAUCAUUUGUUACGGAAAAAUUAGAAAAUUAUAAUUGGAAUUACAUGGACCAUUAUUUAUGUACUCGCGGAGAUACAGACUAUGCGUUACAUGAUAAACUUAAAUACUGGAGAUUUCGCAUGUAUCUUCUUCCUUGGCGUCUUGAAGCUACUAGUACAAUUAUGGACCAUCUAAAUGAAAAUGUGUAUUGUGAUAUUUACAAAACACCAACUAUGGAAGAACAACAUGAUUUCACUAAUAAGUUUAUUAAAUUUAUUGAGACAUGGGUGAAUCGUCUGAAAAGAUCUGCUGCUCCUAGUAUUAAGAGUUCAAAUGAAGCUGCUAUGUCUCCUUUCAGAGAUCGAACAGUUAGUUCAGUUCGUAAUACAGAAAAAUUACGACCCAGAUCAGGAUCUAAAGUAUUUGAUAGAGGAGGAACAGUUACUCCUGAUACCAAUCCAAAUUCUGCUGAUGAUUUAACAGAAGAAGUUGAAAGUAAAUUUAUUAAUUCAUACAACUCUGGAUUGCUGAUUUCAAAAGAGAGCAUAUCAAAUACUGAAUUAAUUGAAUGGAUGCAAGUAGGUAUUGGAUUGUUUGUUAAUAAACAAACUGCAGGAUUGCCUAGACAUACGUUUAUUAGCUAUGAUGCAGUCACGUGGUUAAUGAGUAAUGUUUCAAAUUUUGUAAACCGACAAGAAGCAGUUGAUAGAUUUCAGGAAAUUUUAAAUGAGCAGUUAAUUUGUCAUGCAUCAGGAAACUAUGAACACCCAUUUAUUGAUGGAUUUUACAUGUAUUAUAUUCCUUUGUCUGAAUCACCUACUGAAAAAUCUCCAUUUCCUCAACAUGAAUUUCAAGCUUUUGAAAAUGAAUGGGUAGAAGUAGAGGUUAAGCCACCAAUUUUAUAUCCAGAAAAUACAGCUUUCCUUGUUGAUAACUUGAUGCCAAUAGAAGAGAAUAAUAUCAAUCAUGAUAGUAGGUGGAAAGUUCCAUGGUAUAAAGAAGCUCAUUUAGAGAUGGAUGUAAAUAGUAAAAGUGAUCGGGUAGAAUGGGGUCAUGCUCGUUAUCAAACAAUUUAUAGAUGUGAUCGGGCUUAUGAAAUUAUUGCUCAAUGGGUUGCAGCUUCUGGAUCCAUUGUAGCUGAUUUGAUAUAUAACUGGGCAAGAAAAGCUCAAUCUGGUGGAUUUCAAUUGAUACCAUUACCAGCUGAUCCUUUUGCAUUACCGUACACAUUAAAAUCAGAUCCUCUUAGAGGUCCAGUUUUUGUUCCUCUUAAUUUAGAAUGUUUAAUGACAACUGAUGGAAAGAAUUAUUUAUUUUAUGAAUAUCCAGAAGACACAUGGUUAAGAAGGUUAUUAUUAUUUCAAGAAGUCAUAUUGUAUCGUUUUGGGUUUAUAAUUUGUAAUUCGCCUCCUAACACUGAAUCUUACCACAAUCAAUACAUACAUACUACAGGCAACAUGUUUGUUCUUAUACUGUCAGACUUAGUUAAUGACGAAGAAAUUAUUGGAACAAAUACUGUGAAUGUUGGUGGUUCUGUUGAUAAAGACGACAAUGAUGUUUACACAUGUUCAUCAGAUAGAGUUGGGAAUUCAAAUGAAGAUUUAUUAGAGAUAGGUAGUAAUGGUGAUCAACAACUUCUCAAUCAGCAACAAUUAGAACAACACUAUUUACAACAACAACAAUUUAGUCCUCAUAUGGAGUACGUUGUGACAAGGCAUCUUUAUCAUAGAUCUGGAACCAACAACGACACCAAAAAAAAUAAUCAAAAACGAGAAAAUAGGGUUGGAUUUUUGUGGGCGUGGAAUCAUAUGGUAAGUCGUCGGUGGAAAUGGUCUAAUCCAGCGACGGGCGAUGAACAAUUCCAAAAUCGUCUUUUAGAAGACUUCAGAAAUUUUUGUGGUAACGCCGAUGGAAGAUUACAACAAUUUUGGCGUCAGUGUAAAAACCAACACAAUCGAAGUAAAUAAAAACAUAUCUGUGAUCAAUUAAUCAUUUAAGAGUCAUUCGUGAUAAAGUGUGAAAUAUAGGAUUAGAAAUAUUAAAAAUUAUAUUUUUAUUUUGGAAGAAAUUAAUAUUAAUGAAUUAAGACUGGAAUUACGACUUAAAUUAUUAAUUAUGAUAUGUUAUAUAAUUACAUGUAUAUUAUAUUAUACAGAAAAAUUAGUAUUUAUUCAAUUCCUUAUGUAUUGUUCAGAAUUGUUUUUCAUUUUUUUGUAAUCUUAACAAUACUAUUAAACAAUUUUUUUUCAUUCUUUCUAUUA